UAGGCGGGAUUCUUCAGAGGCUGCUCCCUUAUAGUCCGGUUGUACUAUGACGGCGCCUGCGCAACAUCAGUGAGAGGCCGGAGCCGCAGCCGCCGCCGGCCUCCAUGAGCUGAGGAGCCGCUGCCUGGGCCGCUCGGCGCGAAGGAAGGAGCCGGGCGCGGGGCCGCCCUGGGCCCGGCGGCGAAGGGCAGGAGGCCGGGCCGGCACCCGGGCGGGCGGAUGGUCCGGAGCUGACGCUUCCCGGGUCUCCCUGAGGCGGGCUGGCGGCCUCUCUGCUGGGCUUGGCGGGGGAUCGGCUCGCCCCGGCCCUGCUGGGACCCCGCCCCGGCCGCUGGGGCGGGAUAGGCCCGCAGGCCUCCCCCGGUAGCCCGUCUCCCGGGCGGUGAGUCUCGUGUUCCCCCGGCCGAGCGCCUCGCCUCGCCCCGCCUCCCGGCCCGGCGCUUCCGCCCGGCGGCCUCCCGCAGCACGUGGGUCAGCGGCCUCCGGGUUCGGCUCUGCCCCGCCCCGAGGGGGCCCCGUGGAUGCCGCCGAGAUGGGCAAGGUGCUGUCCAAGAUCUUCGGCAACAAGGAGAUGCGGAUCCUGAUGCUGGGGCUGGACGCGGCCGGUAAAACCACCAUCCUGUACAAACUGAAGCUGGGCCAGUCCGUCACCACCAUCCCCACCGUGGGCUUCAACGUGGAGACGGUGACUUACAAAAACGUCAAGUUCAACGUGUGGGAUGUCGGGGGCCAGGACAAGAUCCGCCCCCUGUGGCGGCACUACUACACGGGCACGCAGGGGUUAAUCUUCGUGGUGGAUUGCGCCGACCGCGACCGCAUCGACGAGGCCCGCCAGGAGCUGCACCGCAUCAUCAACGACCGGGAGAUGCGGGACGCCAUCAUCCUGAUCUUCGCCAACAAGCAGGACCUGCCCGAUGCUAUGAAACCCCAUGAAAUCCAGGAGAAACUGGGCCUCACCCGAAUCAGGGAUAGGAAUUGGUACGUGCAGCCCUCCUGUGCUACCACAGGGGAUGGACUCUAUGAAGGGCUGACAUGGUUAACGUCCAAUUAUAAAUCCUAAUGAUAACAAUAACUACUUAGUCUGCAGAAAAUUAAAAAAAAAAAAAUAGUCCGCCUGGUUUCCUAGAAGAAUGAUUCUCUAUCGAAAAAGUAAAACCAAGCAUCCAUAGGAUUAUGAUCACUUCUUCUCCAGUUACCACCCUUUCCUUCUACACGCUGACUGGAUUCCUGUUUUAACUCUUCUUGCUUGGCGUUAGGAUGCUGUAACCUCCAAAUGUGACACGAACACAAGCACUAGAUGCUAUGGCAGACUUCCAGCAAACGGGGAAAGACACACUGUAGAUUUGCUAAGUAAUUUUUUUCCUCUCUUGAUUAGCCCUUAUUAUGGUUUGAUUCCUUUUUUUUGCUGGGGGGAAGGGGUAACCAUUUUCAAUGUAUGCUUUCUGGUUCUACUUUUUUGAAAUUUUUUUCUUUAUCACUUGCUGUAGUUUGCUUCUUUUUGCAUUCAUGCAGAAUAUGUUGCUAGGUCUGUUUCAUCAGUAAACUGAAAAUUAUUGCUUAAAAUCAAACUGCAGUCUGUCUUUUUAUAUUGAGGACUUCUUUUUAAAAAGUCCUUAAUCUGUAACUAAAUAGUAACUUUAAAUCUGUCUUUUCAUAUCUAAGACUAACAUGGUAAAUAAAACCUUGCCUACAGUGGUAGAUAGUGAGAAUACCAUUGUAAUAUGUUCAAAGUACAUAUCUGAGGUAAUGCAAGAACUGCAUUGAAAUGUCAGCUGUGAAGUUCUGAACCAUACAUCAUGCAUGAGUAGAGAUGCAAAUAAGUUCCCCAUAUUACAUAGCAACCAUAUAACGAAUAAAAUGUGAAUGAUGUAAUAGUUUCAAGUUAUACUCUAAUCACAGUUCCUAUGUCUUGCAUUGCAAAGUUAAUGAUGUUUAGCUGCAGUCCUAACUAGUUAUGUAUCAGUCUCCUCAUGGUGCGGGAUAUCUUCUUUCCAGAAAGUGUAGCAGUAAUGUGUAAGCAUUACUGUUCAUUUUACUUUAAAUAACUUACCAUUAGGCAAAAAUCAAGUCAUGUCUUGCCUCUCUUACAAUAUAGGGAAGAUGUAUUUGUUAAUCUUGAGAUUUUUGGAGACAUUUCCUCUUCCAAAGUUUGAAAAUCUCAUGUUUUCUGAAAAGCAUGCAUCUUUAUCAGCUGCAAACUCCCCCCAUUUGUUUCCAUAUCAUAAUCAUUUGAAUAAGCAAGCUCAGUUCUAAACUUUAACAGAAAUUAACCAUUUUAACAUUUGAGUAACUGGCGUUUGAAGAAGUCAUUUAUAUCACAACUUAGUUUUUGCAAGACCACAAUCUAACUCAUGAAAGUAGUUCUAAAUAUUUUUGUCCCUCUGUUUCAGUAACGUUACUAUAAUUCUUUAUGAAAGGAACUGUGUUGAAUGUCUGAAUUUAAAUCCAUUGAGUAAUUAGUAAUGAGGGUGGGGUGCAGAGAGUGAGCAUAUGACUAUGAAUGUAAACUUCCAUAUAUAGGUUUUUUUUUGUUUUUUUUUUUUUUAAGGGCAAGCAGCUCACUUGCCAUAAGUUUUCAGAUGUCUCUGACUGGCAAGUUAUGGCAAAAACAAACCAACCAAACCCACCCAGAUUGAGAGUUCAAAUCAGUGUAUCGUUUCAAUCAAGUAUUAAUACUGGGUGCAAAAAAGUAAAGCAGCUGGGUUUUAUUCAGCCUUAAGGAUUAAUUUUAGAUUUCCUCAAGGAGUUAAACUCAACUGGGGAAUUCUAGGAAUGUAACUUUACAAAACUAGAAGAGGGGGAAAAAAAAUUUUUUUUUUUUGAGGGUGUAAGUUUUACAUUAGAUUGGGGCAUUACACUACAUUUCUGCAGUGUUGACUCUGUAUGUUAAGUACAGUGUAUUAUGGAGCUCUUACCAAAGAUCUAUGGGGAGAUAAAAAUAUUGAAGUUUAUUUCCUAAAAAUUUAAUACUUAGGACCCCUUGAAGAAAAAUGCUUAGUUUAGAAUAUGGUUCCAAAAGGGGGACACUCUUAAUGUGGGUUGCAAUGGCAGUGAAAGGAUUCUGGACGAUAUUAGAAAAUAUAGCAAUGAUUCAGAAACACUUUUGUAAAAGGAAAAAGUUCAUUAGAAAAGCAAGGCAAGUUCAAUUACUUUAAGUCAUAAUUCUGAAGGGGAAACUAGAUGUCUUCAUUUUAGAAGUCCUUUUAUGUCCUUCUUGAAUUGUUGCUCCAUUUUCUAGUUUUUAUAAAUUCAAGAAAUUCUUCAUUUCAGUUAAUGUAAUUGGUCAAAUAGUCUGGUAGUGUAAAGGCGUAUAAACCAAACACCAGAGUACAAUUGUUUUCUUCUGGAACAAAAAUUUUAAAAAGCCAAGCACAAGGUAAAUGCCUAAACUGGAAGACUUGAAGCUCUAUUAAUAGUUUUCAAACUUUCUUAAACAUAUCUCAAUCAAAAUGAAAAGUUGGAUUUUCACUUUCAGUCUAAAGUGUUUACUGUAUUCUUUCUCUUCAAACACUGUUUGGGGCAGGUUUAAAUUUCACUAGGUUUUUACAUUAAAUUGAAUUCACAAUUUUGUAUUUCUUUGGUAAUUUUGUUACUUUAGAUAUUCUGUUGUGUAGGUAAAAUGAUAAAUUUAAUUAUACUCUUGAAUUUUUAAAUGUUUUAUUCCGGGGGGGGGGAAAGACUCUAAAGUUACUGAAACUUGUGUGGCAGAUGAUUCAAAAAUAAAUGACCUUUGCUACUGAACAAAAUAUAAAGGCUUCAUUUUCAAAAUGUCUUUAUGAAGGAAGCGGGGGGAGGGGGAACAAUGCAAGUAACUGCAACCUGCAGGGUAAAGUGGCAAUUUUUUUAAUCAGAAUUCUUACAAUCUGAAUUUUAAGUGCAUCAACUUCUGUGUUCAUACGAAUUCACGAAGUAAACUGGAGUACCUUUUUCUUUUUUUUUGGGUGGCAUUGUUCUUGUCUGGUAAGUGAAUGAGUCUGUAGAUUUUCAUCUCCCUACUACAGUAAACAGGAAUUUUAUGUUCUCAAUAUGGUUGUAGUGUUGGUAAAGAAUUAAUAAGCAGAAAAUAAAGCAAUUAUACAGUGCAGCUCUCCUGGUAUGUUACUUAUAUUUGAAUAUGGUAAAAAUAGAAAGGGUCUAUAUAAUACACUGGAGUAGUGCCUUCUGCUUACAUAGAGGUGUAGGUUCUGUUUAACCUGGUCUUGAAAGAUUGUAAUGCUAUUAGUUUCUCUUUUGAGGAAUCUUUAAGUCACAUAAUUAAAAUUGAAAAGUUGGAAAGAGGAGACAAACUUCUUUUAAAAAUACUCCCACUUCCGACUACAGCCUCUUUUAUUUCAGUAAACUUAAUGUUUAAUAUUAUGCUUUGUAAAAUACUUCAAUACAAGAUCUCUGCCCUAAGGAACUUACAUUGUCACUUGGACAAAUAUAAUGCACAGAACAAUUUACCUGCCAGAAAACAUAGAGGUGCUGAUGAUGAGGUCGUCAGUCCUGGAAAGUUUCAUGAAGAAAAUGGCCUUGAAGGAAUAGAGGGAAGGGAAGGUGCUUUUGCGAUUAAGGGGUAAAAUGGAAAUAUUGUUAUAAGAAAUCGAGAGCUGUUAACGACUACAGAGGCAUGCAAGGAGUUACAGCUAGAGAAGUAAAGGAGUGAAGUGGUGUGGAGCUCCGAGGUUAAGAAUGAAGCAGCUAGUUAAGCAGUAAGGCAAUUAAGGAGUUUGGAAGGGGAGUAGGGAUGAGGCUAGAACAGUAUAUAAAUUGAAGCUGCUAAAGUAAUUUUUCAGAGUGCAGGGUAGAGAUGUGAUGUAACAGAAAAGCUAACCAGACUGUGGAGUCUAGAUGUGGAGUGACAGUCUUGACAUGCUAGAAGAUGGUUGAGUUGACAUUGAGAAGGGAUAGAAGAGAUACUGGCCUUGAAGUGGAUAUGAGAUAUCAAGGAAAAAGGCAACACUGUUUGGUCGCCUUUCGUCACUUAUGCCGAAAGAUCAGGAGUAGACAGGUGACUUGGGAGACAUUCAUAUUGUCCCACUGCCUUAAGCUAAUCCUAAAAAUCAAUUUUCAAGUGCUCAGGUGUAUCCAGGUGGUGUUAGUGUUGUGGUCCUACAGUGGUUGCAAUAUUUUAAAAAAAGAAUUACCCUUCAGUAUCUAGCUCAAGGGUUCUCACAACAGAUUUUUGGUGGCCGCAGAGUGCGACCACCAACUCUUGCUGGUGGCCACGCUGACUUUUUCCUAAAAUACUUAAUUAACUUUAGGAAAAAUAAAUAUGCAUAUAUACAUGUCCAAAUCAUUGUAAUUUAUUUAUGUAGGGAUUUUUUCAGACUCAGUAAUAAAAAUAAUGUACUGUG